AGCCUGCAGGCUGGUAAACAAAUCUCGAUUUGAAAUUCAAUCCAGUGUCAGUUGGGGCUUCGGAUUGAUAUAAAAUUUCUAACAACUGAGCUUUCGGUGCGAGUUCAAGAAACGCAGGUUGAAGUUAUGAGUUGAAACAUUGUCUCCCUAUACUGGUUAAUUUCUAAUUUUGUAACUUUCUUUUAUUAUAAAUUUAAAAUUUGUAAAUCAAGCUAUACACCUAACCUAAAAAAAUGCUUGACGGUGGGGAUGAUGGCUCGUUGGAUACGAAUAAAAGCAAAACUAACGAAGAACUAAAAGACGAGAUGACAGAAUUGAAUAAACUGUUAAGCGCGGAAAGAGAGUACGACGAAAAGUACCAACAAGAAAUGCACGAGAUGCGACAAAAGUUGAGAGCCGCUCUCGCCAUGCAGAAGGAUCUUUUCGAAAGCAACGAAUUAUUGGAAGAAAAUCUUUCACGAGAGAAGCUGGAAGCGGAAAAGAAAACAAACCAACUUUUAGAAAAAUUUGCUACUGAGAAAAAAGAUUACCAAGAACAACUAUCAGAGCUGGAGGCGAGCCUGUUGUGUGAAAAAAAAAGGAAUCAAGACUUGCAAGAAACGAUUGCAGUCAAGGAAAAAUUACUCUUCGCCACGACAAGAUCCGAAAGUUUAGAUAAGAGUGAGGAGUUAGGAAUAAUGAAGAAAACGAUCGCUAACCUUAACGAGGAAUUAGAUAAGAAACAAAAAGUUGAGGAAGAGCUGUUAUUCGUACAACAGCAGCUUGAGGAAACUAUCGUAACGCUUAAAAAAGAUUACAAUGAAGUCGGUGAAAUAUUGGAGAUGAAAAAAGCAGAUAUAAAAUCACUGAACGAUAUUUUGGAAACUACGAGGGACGAACUUGUUAUAUGUCGGUCUGAAUUGGAGUCACUGAAAUCUAUUCCCGCGAAUGAUUUUGUGAAGGGGAAUUCGCUGUUUGCCGAAGUAGAAGAUAAUCGAAGAGAAUUGAUAAAAGAUCUGACAUCGAUGAAGGAAAAAUACAUAGAAAUGAAAGAAACUUACAGAGCAAAGGAGAAUGAAAUCAGUGCACUCAAAGCUGAGAGAGCAACGCUACUAAAAAGAUGGAAAGAUGACGACGCAGAGAUGAUGGAUCAUAACGCUCGUUUGAUAGAAACGUACAAAUCGCGUAUUUUAGAGCUGGAGAAUAAAUUGAAAAUGGAAGUAAAAAAACUGAAAGUUACAGACGGUAACAAAGAACCAGCUAACAACAACUUCAGCUAUCUACAAUCUCUCUUGGCAGCAAAGAAGAAAGAGAUCGAAGAUCUGCAAAGUCAUCUGGAUGAAAGUUCAACGCAGAAGAUUAUACAGGAAGAAAUUAAAUGCCAUCUUUCAAAGCAGCUCAUACAGUGGAGACGGAAAGCCAUGUCGUUUCAGGCACAGUAUUUGGCUGCGCAAAAUCAAAUCAAAUGUGAGGACUGUCUGAAACUAAAUGCAAAAGAUAUUUGUGGAGAAAUUGAGCAUCUGGAUGAAAAACCAAUGGAAAAUAUCACACCUGAUUUGGGCGAAGCAAAUCAAGUCGACGAUACUUUGGAGAAACUACUUCAAGUUCCGACUCUUUCGAUGGACGAAUUGAAAAAUUCAACAGCUUCAGUGAGCAAGCUCAAUAAUGAUUUAGAAUCAUUGGAGGAGUUCAAUACACUCGGUGAAUCCAGGGAAGCGUGUCGUUCGGGAGAAAGUAUUAAAACCAAUCCGGUAUCCGGGUCUCCAAAAAAAAGUGUUGGCUCGAACAAAGAGAACACGGCCAGUAGCUCAAACGCGAUUGAUGCAACCCUAAAGUCAGCGCUUGUAAAACCUCCGAAGAAAACUACGUGUUCCAAAAAUCAAGAGAAGACAACAAAGAGUUUGAGAUUUACAUGCGAUACUGUGGAUGUGCAAAAGCCUAAAUUAACCAGGCAAAAGGUCGAGAAAAAGAAAUGUCCAGUUGUCUUUAUAAGUACUCAACCAAGAAAAUGACUUCUUACCUAAUUUUGAUACAAUGAUUUUUUACGCACUAUUAUUCAA